UUCCACCCCUACCCUCAACUCUCAGUUCUUUUUCCAUCUAUAUAUACGUACACAUUCAUUCGAAAUCCUUCAUUAUAUGCGGAAAAAAAUAUCCAUUUUCAUAUAGAAAGAAAAUAAUUCUCAAAUAUCCCUAAAUUCUUUCGUGGUUUGGACAACUAAUAGAUUAAUGUUUCAUUCGGUGACUUUGGUCGGCUUCCUCACUAAACCAAUUUGAAUUUGAAGUACGAUCCAGAUCACGUCUCACUCAUGUUAUAUGAUUGCCUUUUCAAGUUAUACGCGUUUAGACUUUACUUUCUAUUCUCCUUCUAAAUCCGGUCAAAUAGUUGUUCUCAGUUUUUUGUUAUCUAGUUGUAAAUUGUACCUCUCUUUAGAAUGACGAGAAAGGGAAUGGAUGAGGGCGGUGGGAAUUGUAUCACAUGGGAAAAGCAGAGAUGGUCUUUUUCGAAUUCAGAUAACUCAGGUGGGAAUGGGGUAAAACCAGCUGGCAAGGAGUUACCCGAUAUCUCUGAUGAUGUUGCUAGGGAGACAAAGGGUGGCGGUAGAAAGAGGAGUGUGUCAGCAAUGAACGGUGGCAAGGGAAAUGGAGAAGGGAAUGAAGGAAAAGCUAAUGAAGGAGAUCAGUCAGAUCAUGAUAUGCAUAUAUGGACAGAAAAAGAGAGGAGGAAGAAGAUGAGGAACAUGUUCUCUAAUCUUCAUGCUUUGCUUCCUCAACUUCCUCCUAAGGCAGACAAGUCGACCAUUGUGGAUGAAGCAGUGAACUACAUCAAGACACUCCAGCAUACCCUUGAAAAGCUUCAGCGACAAAAGCUGGAGAGGCUCCAUGGCAUGGCAACUAUGAUGAAUCCUUCAAUAAUCAGCUCCAGUAUUAUUAGUAGGGAGGCAUUUUUAGCUGAUCAGGGAUCUACAAAUAACGCAACACUUUCAAUGCCUCAUUUGCCAGCAUUCUUUCAAACUUGGACAUCUCCCAAUGUUAUCCUAAAUGUUUGUGGCGACGAAGCUCACAUUAGCGUCUGUUGUCCCAAAAAAACAGGCCUUUUAAGUACCAUUUGUUAUGUAUUAGAGAAGCACAAGAUAGAGGUGGUAUCUGCCCAAAUUUCAUCAAAUCAACACAGAUGCAUGUACACAAUUCAAGCCCGCCGUGCAAGUGGAGCUGCAGAUCAAUUCUCCGAAGCCUCUCCCGUGGAAGAAAUAUACAAGCAAGCAACAGGAGAGAUAAUUCUAUGGGUGUCUUCCCAGUGAUACUGCAAAUCAAUUUCACCAUAUAUAGGAGAUAUACUCUUUAAAACUUCUAUAGAAAUUAUGAGGGUUGUAAAGAAUGGUUUAUUUUACGUAGAGAUUGUACAUCUUCCUUCAGAGAUA